AUGAUUUCAAAGACCAUCAUCAUCGCGCUCCUCGCAGCUGCGGUCAAGGCCCAGCAGGCUGGCACCCUCGACCCCGAGACCCAUCCGAGUCUCACCUGGCAGAACUGCGCCUCUGGUUCUUGCACGAACACCAACGCCGAGGUCGUCAUCGACGCCAACUGGCGAUGGACGCACACCAUCGAGGGGAGCGAUGGCUGCUACGAGGGCAACGAGUGGACCGGCGUUUGCACGACUGCCGAUGACUGUGCCACGGGAUGUGCCCUCGAGGGUGCCAAAUACGAAGAGACCUACGGGGCGGCGACCAGCGGCGACGCCCUCACGCUCAAGUUUGUCAAUGAGCACCAGUACGGAAAGAACGUUGGCUCGCGGUUCUACCUCAUGAACGGCGAGGACAAGUACCAGAUGUUCAACCUGCUCGGCAACGAAUUCGCGUUCGAUGUCGACCUAUCCACCGUUGAGUGUGGUCUUAACUCCGCUCUGUACUUUGUUGCUAUGGAGGAGGAUGGUGGUGUCGCCUCGUACCCAAGCAACACUGCUGGCGCCAAGUACGGAACUGGCUACUGUGACUCUCAGUGUGCCCGUGAUCUCAAGUUCGUCGGCGGAAAGGCCAACGUCGAGGGCUGGCAAUCCUCUACCAGCGACCCCAACUCUGGCGUUGGUCCAUUCGGCGCAUGCUGUGCUGAGAUUGACGUCUGGGAGUCCAACUCGCACUCUUUCGCCCUGACCCCUCACCCAUGUGAGAACAACGAGUACCACGUCUGCGAGACAGACCAAUGCGGAGGUACAUACUCUGAGGAUCGCUUCGCCGGCCUCUGCGAUGCCAACGGCUGCGACUACAACCCAUACCGCAUGGGCAACACUGACUUCUACGGCGCCGGCAAGGUUGUCGACACCACCAAGAAGUUCACUGUCGUGACCCGCUUCGAGACCGACAAGAUGAGCCAGUACUUCAUCCAGGACGGCCAGACCAUCGAGAUCCCAGCACCCACAUACGAGGGCAUCUCCGAGACCGCCGACAUCACCCCCGAGUACUGCUCCAACCAGCACACCGUCUUCGACGAGUUUAACCGCUUCGAGGAGGUCGGCGGCUUCCCCAAGCUCAACGAGGCCCUCGCCCUUCCCAUGGUCCUGGUCAUGUCCAUCUGGAACGACCACUACGCCAACAUGCUCUGGCUCGACUCUACCUACCCACCCGAGAAGGAAGGCCAGCCCGGUGCCGCCCGUGGCGACUGUCCCCAGACCUCUGGAGUCCCGGCCGAGACUGAGUCCGAGUUCCCCGAUGCCCAGGUUGUCUGGUCCAACAUCCGCUUCGGGCCUAUUGGCUCUACCUACGACGGCCCUGCCUAA